GGGCAAGAAGUAAACGUAUUUCAUGAAUAAUAAACAGUGAAGGAGGAUGAGGGACAGAGGGAAGCAUGACAUAUAUACGACAUACAAAAAAAGAUUACAUUGACGUCGUUUUUACUCAAUUUGUUGGGUUCUUCUGAUUUCAUUUCUUUUUAUUUCCUACUGUUUCUGCCUACUAAAUAGCACUUAUCUAGAUUGUGUUCGGUUUCCCUUUCAUCAAGUUUUGUUGUUCCUAUUCUCGUAUCAUUAAAUCUCUUGUGAAUGGGCAAAAACUAGACUGUCUGGAAAGUACACUUGUGUUGUUCACUUAUCAGAAGUCACCAGUUGAUUCACAGCGUUGAUUAUUAUUAUUAUUAAUUGAUUGUCAUUCACACCUAGCUAUUGAUCUUUCGGCUUUGAUCAACAGCUGGUUAUAAUUCGCAUGGUUCACCGAUAAUGCUUCAAACUCAUGGUAAAACAAAGUGCAUUUGAGCCCCAAGGCGAUAUUUUCUAUAUGAUCACCCAAUCUAUUUCAGUUAAUCAGAUUAUGUGUACAUAGUCCUCGUGUGAUACAGGGUUAUAUAAGCUUUCUAGAUGAUAAUACGAGGAUGUUCGGGAUGUAUUUAUCACCUUCUAUAUUGUUUUGUAUCUAGUUUUUAUUCGAUGCUUGGUUUGAUGCCAGAUAGCUUGGAUGUUUUGAAUGGCAUUCACGUGGACCAUUUCGUCAAACUGAUAUAGGAUCGUCUAAUCGUUUAAAUUCUAUCAAUCCUACCGGUUCACAUCAUUGCAUUGUACACACUGAAAAAAAUUUCACAUACAUGUGUCAAGAACCAUCGAAAGCAAGACUUAAAUCUGGUGCUGAUAGUCUGUUACAACGUCUACGUAAACGUUCUUUUUCAAGGGAUAAGCAUAAACGUGAUAAUAAAACACAAUAUUGUCGAUCUUCUUCGGCUCCUCGAUCUGUAUAUUCAUACCAAAGCGCUGCAGAAUUUGAGAUCAACCAUAUUGAUAAGUAUUCAUUAACACAAAGAAAUAAAUAUAGUAAUUUGUUCGUUUCAAAUUUGAUUCCACAAAUUUCUUUAUCAAGAAGUGUUCCGGAACUACAAGACCAUAGUUGUGUUCCAUCAGGUUAUUUAGACAAUGGUUUGUCAUAUCAAUGUAAUGUAAUUCCAUCCGAAUUGUAUCCUAAAUCAUCAUCCUAUCUAACAUCAUGUUUUCCUGUUAACAAUGAUAAAAUACAUGCUAUUGCUAUUACUACUACUACUAGUAUUAUUAACAACAAUCAAAUGGAAUUAUCGAAAAUUGACAAUUCAUCAUAUGAUCUUCCAAUAAAAGAUAAAACUCCAAUUAACCAUGAAUUAUAUCUUCAAUCAAAUUAUCAAACAUCUAUCAAUGCUAAUAUAUUACAUGGUAAUUUUGUUAAUUCGUGUACAACAUCAUCAACACCUACCAUUAUGAAAGAUUCGUGUUGUUUGGAAUCUAACUCUGAAUGUGUAGAUAUUCCAAAUUCAAUGAAAUAUUCCGAUUCAUUUGUGUUAUUGGACAAGAGACAGCAAUAUCAACCUUUGUAUAAUCCUUUCACCUCUUCUAUAUAUUCAGAAGUCUGUUCCAAAUGCUGUUUUACAUAUGACAAUAAUAAUAAUGAUAAUAAUCAGAGUACUGUUACUACCAAUAGUCCAAAUCUACUCGUCAAUUCCCGUAGUUAUUCUUGUGAAAUAAAGCAUUCACCAGGACGUAAAACUAAUAAAUCUCCCAGUGAACAGAUUUCUUAUCCAAAUAUGGUUAAAGUCAAUGGAGACUUUACCACUGGUCAUAAUAAUAAUCACCAGUUGAUCACUUUGGGCGCACCACCAACACCAAGUCCUUCAAAUAUUCCAAAUGAUCAUAUAUCGAAUAAUAGUAAUAUUGUUGAUCUUGGCCAAACACAAAAUAAUUCAUCUUGUAAUUCACUUCGGCCAGAUUCUCUUCUUUCCACGUCAACAACUAUAACAACAACAACAAGGGAAUCAUCUUGUUCUGAUUUAUCACCGAAUUCCAUGUCUUCACAUGAUUCAGCUUUAGGUGGAGGCAAGUUCCAAUCUGACUCUGGACCACUGAAAACUGAUUGUCCGAAUACAAUGUGAACUGUAAUUGAUGAGAAAGAAAGGAAGUCAGAAGUAUG